AUGGAGGAGAUAUUUAGGGAAGUCGGGCCGUGGCACACGAGGAUAUUCCUGAUAGCUAUACUGGGUCACGUGCCGUUUGGCCUAUUCGUGAUGAGCAUGAGUUUCAUGGCCCCGAAAUUGGACUUUACGUGCAAGACGUGGGCGAUCACGCUGCCCCCUGAACCUGCGGUAAAUAGCACGUACAAUCGAUGCUAUUUCAAGGACGACGAGCAGGUCAUCAAGUGCAUCGAAUGGGACUACGAUCACAGGAUCCACAAACGCACUCUAAUCGAAGAGUGGAACGCUGUUUGUGACAGAGCGUGGAUAGUUUCCCUCGCACAGGGAAUGCUGAUGCUCGGCAUGCUCGUCGGAUGCUUCGUGUUCGCGCUAGUCUCAGACUGGUACGGACGUAAACCGUCUUUCAUUGCGGCUCAAGUAAUCACGAUCAUGAGCGGCUUCGCGAGCUCAUUCACUCCAGCCUUCGGUUGGUUCUGCUUUCUGCGUUUUAUCGCGGCUAUGGGUCACGGAGGGAAAAGAAUGGCGAACACUCUGGCUGUCGAGUCCGUCGGAUCGGGACAGAGGGCGGUAGUGACUGUCGGUCAGGAUCUCGGAUGGUGCAUCGGCAUGCUUGCGACACCUCUGGUGACGUACUUCGUGCGAGACUGGGUUUGGAUACAAAGACUCGUCGUGCUCCCCGAGUUCUUCUUCUUGUAUCUGGCAAUUGUGGUUGACGAAUCCCCCAAGUGGCUGCUUUCAGCGGGCAGGUUCGAGGAGGCAAGACAGAUACUUCAUCAGAUAGUCGAACGGAACAAACUCGAUCCCAAUAUCGACGUCGAUCUCAUCGUCGAAACCACGAGAGGAGCCCUCAUGCACGAGACGCAUAUGAAGAAAGGGAGCAUUCGCGAUCUCCUUCGAGAGAAACAUAUUAUGAUCCUCACAACGUCUUUCUGGAUCCAAUUCCUUGUAGUGAUCCUCGUGUACUAUCAGAUGAUCUACUACAUCGUCGAAAUCAGCGAAGACUCGUAUCUCAGCGUCAUCUACAUGGGUCUCAUCGAGAUUCCUGCCACGCUAUCCGCAUGGUACAUCGUGAAGACUUACCACAGGAAACCGGUAUAUAAUUUCUUCUACACCUCAGCGAUUAUAGCCACAGCCGCUCUGAUGUCAUGUCCGGAAGGUGCAGCUACCAUCAAGAUGCUAAUCGCGAAUGUUGGCAAGCUCGCCUUCAUCGUGCUGUACAACUGCUUAGCCGUCCACGUUGCUGAGUGCUAUCCUACGAAAGUCCGCUCAGUAGCGAUCGGCACUUCACAGACGGCGUCGCGAAUCGGGGCCGUGGUCGCACCUUUCCUCUUGGCUUUCUCUAUCAUCACGGCUGAGUGGGUUCCGCUGGCUCUGGCUCUGGUUCUUACGGCGAUCGCGGCCUUCUGCUCCCUAUCGCUUCCUGAGACUUUCGGCAAAGAGCUACCAAACACCUUCCACGAGAUGAAAAUUCUGCUCCACACCGAGAGGAAGUCGAGAAGAACGGAGGAGAUGGAAGCGACCGAAUCGAAAACCAAGGAACUGGCACAGACGAGGUCGACGGACGCGAAAACGGCCAACAACGAGCAAAGAACGCUACCGACGUCGUGA